AUGCCAGCCGACGCCGGGCAGGACUCGGAGCGCGGGGAUCCCCGCGGGAUGACGCUCAACUGGGACAUCAACGACCCGCAGAUGCCCCAGGCGCCAGCCCACUUUGACCCCUUCCGGGAGUGGCCCGACGGCUAUGUGCGCUUCAUCUACAGCAGCGCGGAGAAGAAGGCGCAGCGCCACCUGAGCGGCUGGGCCAUGCGCAACACCAACAACCACAACGGCCACAUCCUCAAGAAGUCGUGCCUGGGUGUGGUGCUGUGCGCCAGGGCCUGCGCCCUGCCGGACGGCUCGCGCCUGCAGCUGCGCCCGGCCAUCUGCGACAAGGCGCGCCUCAAGCAGCAGAAGAAGGUUUGCCCCAACUGUCAGUCUGCUUUGGAGCUGAUUCCCUGCCGAGGGCACAGCGGAUAUCCGGUCACCAAUUUCUGGCGCCUGGAUGGCAGCGCGAUAUUUUUCCAGGCCAAAGGAGUUCAUGAUCACCCAAGACCAGAGAGUAAAUCAGAGACAGAAGCUAGAAGAAGUGCCCUCAAGAGACGGAUAGCCUCUUUCUGCCAGAAAAAGAGAAUUCGAGAACCCGAGGUAGGAGAAAAGCAAGACAGCAGUGAACAAUUCAACAACACAUCUCUCCUGGGAAAUCCAGAACUGUUUGAUAUAAUUCCAGACACCAGCUUCUAUAGUCCAGGGCAGACUUUCCCUUCGUUCCCAAACUCGGACAUUUACGCAGCUCCCUGUGAUCUGGCCACCUUUCAAGGAGACAUCACAUCCCCCUUCCAGAAAUAUCCAAGCCCAAGGAUUUAUUUGUCCAGGCCACCUUGCACCUAUGACUUGGCAGGCCCUGGAUACACAAAUCCAGGCCCAUUUCCCAGCCUCUAUAAAGAUUCCAGCAGCAUCUCGAAUGACACAGACUGGGUUCAUCUGAAUGCACUGCAAUAUAACAUCAAUUCCUACAGCAGCUAUGAGAGCAGCUUUGAUUUCACCAGUAAACAGUGUGGCUGGAAACCAAGCCUUGGAAAACCAGGCCUUGAGGAAAGGACUGACUGUGGACAGUUCCAGGCUGUGGCCAGGUGCCCUUAUUAUAACCCUGAGGUUCCUUGCAGGUACCGGGAGACACCCUCGGCAGGUGGCCCAGCCCUGCAGACAGUGAUCACCACCACCACCAAAGUGUCCUACCAGGCCUACCCGUGCCCUGCGCUGAAACACGGUGCCAGUGUGCAGGAGCUCAGUGGCCUCUCCAGCUGCAGCUAUGCUUCUGAAAACACCCCCAUGUCCAUCUGUCCAGAAGCUGUGGACCCCCUAUCUGUAGUCACCAGGGCAGCCUCUCCCAUGGGCAGGACAAGUUUGAAAAUUCCAGGAGAUUGCUCUGUCAAUAGACCCCCUAUGGCUUUUCCUCAGGAGGCAGCUCCUUGCAGGACAGAUGGAGCAGACCCCUGGGAUGUGUGUCUGUCUGGCCUGGGCUCUGUGAUCAGUUUCUCAGACAGAGCAGGUCUGCUCUUUAGUUAUGACAGUGAGGACUUUUGAGCGACAUUUCCAGUUGCCCCAUGAUACGGGUGUGCACACAGGAGGCGAAAUGCAAAGUAGCUGGGUUGGGAGAUUCAGCUUGUGUGCAAAGAAAUGCAGACAGUAGUAAAAAAUACUUUUUAGCUGAGGAAAUGACCAGCUGCAAAUGUUUAAUAGCUCUGAGAAAUUUGGCUCCACGUUUUGAAACCAGCUACAGUAGAUAGAAGUAGGCAUGAACUCCCAAAUCAACAAAUAAACCAACUGGAGAUCCGGAAGGUUAAAAACAUUGGCCUAACUUCGCUUAGCACAUGUGCUGGAGGAGAAAUGAAAGAUCCUGGUUCCCAUUCUAUGCCUUUCCCAUUGGACCUUGGACAGCCGUUAGAAGCUGGCUAAAGAGCUUCAGGAAGAAAGUGCUUCAAUUUUACGUGCAGAGUCACUUCAUACUAUUUUUGUUUAGCAUUUAGAACCUAUUAACAUGACCUCAGAAAGUAAUUUUAA